UGUUGUUUUGUUGUUAUUGUUUUGUUGUUUUGUUGUUUGUGCCUUGUGCCUUGCUUGUGGUGUCUAGGACGACAGAGGACGGGGUCGGUGUAGUGUGCUUUCUGUGAUUAUUAUCUUGAUUGUUUGUUCAUGCAAAUUUAUUAAUAUCAAAACAUAUUAAUUAGCAAUGUUUACGUUCUUGGCUUGAUUUUGAAGUUCAUUAGUCAAGAGAAUCUUGGCUUUUUGACAGCUGGAUGGGUGCUAUUCAUUUUACUGUGCAUCAUUAUCUAACAUAUCAUACACUGAGAAUUAUUUUUGAUCCCUUAUAGACUUUAUGAUCGCUUUAGCGAAGUAACUUUCAUGUAACACAAUAGACAUUAAAGUACAGUAUUUUAGUGCCUUAAAUCCCCUCCCAAAACAGUUUUAAGUUAGUCCCAUUGAUCUUGUUGGUUCUUACAUUAAUGACAUUCAAGUUAACUUAGUGUAGUUUGGUGAGGUCCAUCUAAGAUUACUGGAAAAAUGAUACUGUAAUUGGCCAGGGUCCAAACUGUGCUGACGGUUAAAACCAUUUAAAAACAAUCUACUAAGCUAGAUUAAAUUUUCUCAGUCCAAGCCUUAACUUACUCUAGCCUACUACCUUAGCCGAAGGCCUGAAUAUGCCCAGUUAUGUCGCUGCAGGCUUAAUCGGGGGUGCCAUUGCCCUUGGAUUCCUGAUUUGGACGAUUUGGACACAAACACCUCCCCAGAUACAUGAACAUACUUUUAACCCUGGACCUGGCUAUGACAGACCUCGAGACACCUGGACUGAUGAGGACGAUGACUCAAGACGAAGGAGGCGAGAAAAAGGAGAAUGUGCUAUUUGCAAAGAACCCUUGAAAGGUCAAGCAUGUAGAAAUCUUCCAUGUGAACACCUCUUCCAUGCGUCUUGUAUAACUCAGUGGUUUCGGGAAAAAAGAACUUGUCCUACAUGUCGGCGCCCAGCUUGAGUUGCACACUUUAUGGGCCUUGAGUUUGCUGUCCCUCGCCAGAUUAAGCAAUACAUUUUAUUUGUUAAAUUAUUUAGAAAAGACUUUGAGUUUGUUGUACCUCACCCUAUUAAGCAAUACAUUUUAUUUGUUAUGAUUUAGAAAAGACUUUGAGUUUGCUGUCCCUCACCAGAUUAAGCAAUACAUUUUAUUUGUUAGAUGAUUGAGAUAAGAUUAUUUAUUUACUUACUUUGUCUAGAUGUAGUGAAAAAAGACAAUAUUAGAUACCGUAGCACAUUAACUUGUGUUUAUAUUUAAGCAUUUUUUUACAAUUUAAAUGAGAUAAGAAUGUUAGUAAGCAAAAUUGUUGUUGUUAAUGUAGGUACAUUGUUAUUAACUUUCACUACAAACUUCUAAAUA